GGGAGGAAAGACCUGGGCUACGUUCUCAGAGGCUGGCGCUCCUGUAUCCAGUGAAUUCCUCCCUUAAUCCAGGUUUGGGGAGGGUUGGGUAGAGAGCAGAGGCCAGCUGGCUGGUCCUCCAUGCCCCAGUGCUGGUAUAGCAGACAGAAGAACAGGACCUCUACUCCUGUGUGCUGAGACUCCCAGAGAGACAGACUCCCACAGAAGUACAACACAGAUGGAAGGACGCACGAGUCUCCACAUUCCAGGACGGACCAGGAGGGCUUGGAGCAGCCAGCAGGCAGAAGGCACCUAUGGGACAUAUGGAGACCCAGAUGAAGACUCCGUUUUUAGAAGAAACAGCCUUCAGUUCCUGAAAAUCACCUAGGCAACCAUAGUCAUAAUAAUCGACACAGCAGAGGUGUUAUCCAGAGGAAAUCCAGUGGGAGACUAAUGACAAGGGGGGAAUGACCUCUGUGACCCCCCUCAAAUUAGAGAUUUUUAAAGUCUACCAAGAGAAAUUGAAGUUAGAAGCCUUAUCUAGGUUUUUCCUGAGUAAUAACAGUUAGGAAAUUGAUUCCUGCAACUCGGGUAUGAUUCCUAUAAGAGGCCCCAGGAAUCAGACCUCUGUCCAGUGCCCAAGAUGAGAGGUAGCCAGUGCAAAAGUGAGGGGAGUGGCUUCUGUACAAGUGGACAGGCAUCCAGAGCCAUGGGAAUACGGUGCUGUUUCAAUCAAGUCAGAGAACAAAACCAGCAGCUGGAGAUGGAUCUGCCUGGGAAUGGCUAGAGAUGCCUGGAAAGUUAAGGGAAAGUGCUGGGAGCUGUGUCCACUUUGGGGAUAUCUGACAGGGGCCCUUCAUAGCUCCCUAGGCUUACUCAUUCCUCCUCACUAGGCAGAAGCCAUGCAUAUCUAGUAGGUGGAGUCUUCCAGCCCAUGACCACUAUGGAAAUUCCCAUGGUCAGAAUGAGGAUAAAGCUGUAUAUGGUACAAUAUAACCAUCUUUCUGGCCAACACUGUAUGACUCAGUCUGUUUCGGUGGCUAUAACAGAAUACCCAAGUCCAGGAAACCUAUAAGGAAUAGAGGUUUAUUUAGCUUAUUGUUCUGUAGACUGAGAAGUCAGAGCAUGGCACUGGUGUCUGCCUCAGCUUCUGCUGAAGACCAUUCUGCGUCGUGGCACAGUGGAGGGCAUCACAUGUCUCAACAGAGCAACCGCGAUUCCUUCAGGUCCCUCUUCCUCUUCUCAUAAGCCUAUUAGUCCCAUCCAAGGGCCCCACCCUCAUGACCUCAUUUAAUCCUCAUUACCUCCCAAAGGCCCCAGCCCCAGAUACCAUCAGUUUAUAAACUGAUUCAUUUACAAAAAUGGAUUAAGUUACCAAAGAAUGGAAUUUAGGGGACACAUUCAGACCAUAACAGGGUGUUUGGUAUUUUGUGUGUGGCACACAGACUUUGUUUUUGUCUGUCCUCAGAUAAAUUAUUCCAUGGACCUGAUUUCUGUGAUUUUAUCAUGGACUCAGGGCAAUGUUGCCUGAGCCUGAGAGUCUAUGAGGUCAUUUAUGUCCAAUAAAAGAAUAACGUGGCCUCACUGAGAGUCCAAACCAGCUUGCAUGUCAGGGCUGCUCUUUCUAAACACUUCUAAACAAGCACAUAAAUAAAGAGAAAACAACACACACACACAUUUUUGAGGUUUAUCUUCAUAUUUAAAAACUACCAGGAAGGAGUAAGGCUAACAGAAUAAAUUUUCAUGUACAGCCUGUGUUUAAAUGUUGAUGUCUUCUGACCCAGUCAUUCUACUUCUAGAAAAUUCCUGAAAGCAGGCAAAGUUUUAUACAAAAACAGUGUCCCUUCCACUAUUACUGGCCUACAUAAGAAGAAACGACUGAUGAUCCAACAGUUAGCGAGGGACAGCAAAGGGCACUGGGAGCCCACAGCAGAGCCAGGGACUGGCAGGAUUCCAGGCCCUCAUGGGAUGAAGGAUCUCGGAGAAAGGAUUAUUGCAGAAGCAAUAAGGUGCAGGCCUUAGGAACCACAAGGGACACCAGAAAACUUACUGAGACGGAGACUGGGUCAACAGGGUACAAGAGAUUUGGAAUUGGAAUAUAUAUAUUGAGUAAAUAUAUAUGAGUAAAAUUUUCAUAUUUAAGGAAGUAGAGCACAAUUAUCGUAAACAUAGGAUUUGAGUCAGAAAGACUUAGUUCAAGUCCUGGUUCACCACUACGGUGAAGACUUGGGCAUGUUACUUGACUUUCCUGGUUGUUUCCUCUCCUUUAAAAUGGGAGCCCAAAAGGUACUCACCACAUGGAAUGUCUGUGAUCAUGCAACAAAAUGCAUGUGCAUCACAGACCCUCAAUAAACACUAGCUCUUCUCAUUAGUGAACACAAAUGUUCACCAUCCCAGAUACUUGCCAGAAUUUCUUCCCAUCUGUUUCUCUGCCAGUGGGUUCUGUUGUUUCUGUAUGGCUGUCUCCUUGAGAUAUGAUAGAAGAAAUAAAAAUAGGUAACAGGUGAUAAACAAACGAGAUUAUUUUUGUCUCCCUUAUUGCCUUACAAUUUUGAGUCAGAUCCUGAUCAACUCUGCACGUUAAUCAUUUCGAAAAACUUGGCAAAACAAAGUUGAUUAGCUCUAAAUUUACCCUGCUUAUCUCAUACGCUUUCAAGGCUGGUAAGACGAACUAGUUUUUAGGAUUUAUGGGAACAUCCAAUGAUCAUCAUCUACCUACGAUGCCACCUUCCAGAUCCAACAUGUAGAAGUCUCCCAUCCUGAAUUACCUGGGUUCCUGGCUUUUGCAGAAAUUGCCCACCUCAGCUAAUCUUCAAAGCCAGCCUGGCACUGUCCUGGACAUCCCAGAGAGCUCUCAGGGACAAUGCUACUGGUGUCAUGGCUGACGCACCUUCCCCAGAGAACAACAGCUUCAUUGAGGUUGUCAUUCAGCGUCUCCAGGAGGCAGUGAGCAGAGAGGAUCUGCAACUACUGCUGACUCACAGUGGAGCCUGGGAGGUCUUUGUGGAGAUGGCUAAGUUGACCAGGGAAGAGGCCGAUGCACUACGCGAAGCUCUGAAUGUAUGUACAGCAGACACAGAUGAAGACCUGCGGGCUAGGGAGAGGUAUUUGAAGGAGUUUUCUGAGAUGAAAAUGGAGCUUCAGAAGCAGAUAGCCCAGCUCCAUGCCCUUGCAGACAGAAUCGACAGAAUACACAGGAACUGCACCGUGUCCAACAUGGUGAGCAGCUCUGCCGGUGCGGCCUCUGGAGUCCUAACCAUCCUGGGUCUGGCUCUGGCGCCUGUCACAGCAGGGAGCAGUUUGCUGCUAUCAGCAACUGGGAUGGGGCUGGGAGCAGUCUCUGCUAUGACUAGUGCUGCCGCUGCCAUAGUGGAACAAUCAAGCGUGUCGUCUGCCAAAGCUGAAGCCAGGUGCCUGGUGACGAACAGCAAGGACACAGCGAAGGAGUUGGCACAGUCUGUGGGUCAGGUAGAACUCGAUGUUGUUCUCAAAUCCGUGCAAGGCAUCAGUGUGCUGAAAGGUAUGAAGAAGAGCAUCCAUGCCUUGAAACUAGCCAGGGCUGACGCUCGCUUACUGGCCAACGCCAACCGCUUCACAGGGACUUGGAAAAUCCCAUUCCGAAAGGGUGAACGGGUACAGAAAGCCUUUGGAGGCACUGCUCAGGCAAUGUCCAAAGGAGCCCGGAUGAUGGGUGCAGCCGUUGCAGCUGUCUUCCUUCUGGUGGAUGUGUACAGCCUGGUGCAAACUUCCAAACAUUUGCAAAAGGGGGCAAAGGCAGAGUCAGCUGAAGAGCUGAGGCAGCAGGCUCACGUUCUGGAGAGGAAGUUGGAGGAGCUCAUCGGGAUCCAAGCAAGAUUACAGUCGGGCUUGCCUCAGGGAACUCAUUCCACAAGAAGAGCAGACAGAAGCCACGGGAGGUGUGUUUUUCAAGGGCAUAAACAAAAACAGAUGGAGGGGGAAGGGGCCAGCGGAAGCUGCUCUCAGCUCCGCUCGGGGUCUGGGCGCCUCAUUCUGCAGCUCACCACAGUGGGAGCCUCCCCCUGGCGGUGGCAGGCUCAGAGACGGCAGGCUAAACCGAGCACACUGAAGCCCAAGCCCAAAGGAGCCUCAGAGGCCACGGCUCCGGGGCUCCCUGUGAGAGCACCGUCCAGGUGUGGGGUCCGCGAGGGCGGGGUGCGCAUCAGGCCGGACCGAAGACGGGACCCUCCGCUCCAGGGAGGAUCCCGGGAGCCAUCACGUUCUCCUGCUUUAAUUUACUAAUAUGCUGACUUGCCUAACCUACACCAGUGUCCCCAUCUGAGAAAGACAUCAGGAUGCCACAGGUCUCUCCCCUGUUAAGUUGAGCUGCAGAGCUUCCCUGUGAAUUCUCCUAGCUUUCCAGGACUCUGGAGAAGAUCCUAGAGGACUUUGCAUGUGGAAGCCCUUUGGAAACCAUGAAGCACUCUGUAGAUGAAAAAGUCAUUCUGUAACAGCCCUGAGCCCCUUAUGUGAAGGUGAAUGUCUCUGGACAAUACAGGUGGCCAUAUAUACACAGGAAGUAGAUGAGAGUAAACGAAAAGCCUCCCCUCUAUUUUAUGUCUGAAAAUGGGUCAGUGUUCACAUAGCCACACGUCCUUCCACACAGGGGGAUAAGAGCCAGAAGAAAAUGCUUGACCAUGGAAGACUGAAGCUACUACAGGACAGUGCUGCCUCAGCUUUCAUUUGCAUUCCCACCCCUGGAGGAUCUUGUGUCAAGGCAGAUUCAGAUUCAAAGGGUUUGGAUUAGGUCCCAAUAUUCUGAUUUUCUAACAAGAUGAUGCGGGCUGCUGUUCUGUGAAUGGCAAGAGUUUAGAGCCCUUCCUUAGGCAACUCCUCUCCCCUGGGUGCAGUCAGCAAAAGGAAAGCACUUCCUGGUCAGAGGCUAAAAAACCACCAGAAAAUAAACAGCAUGUGCUUGGAUGACACUGGAAACGAAACGAACUACUUAACAAAGAAACACAUUCAUUAAAAGCUGACACUAUUACUCACAUUGAGAUGGACUGGAGUCAAAGGUGGGCUACCCAGGCAUUCAGUGUCUAAGUGCAGCUGCUUUGAAGUUUCAUUUUAAGGUGUAACAGGAAUCAUUGUAUCUAGUUAUAUCCUUCCCUAGAGAGGAAAGUUCAAGUUUCUAUAAAGGAGGAACGAAAGCUCUCAGAAUUAGGUACUUGUGGAGUUCUAAUUUAUAGGAAUCUGUACCUUCCUCCAAAAGUUUCUAAUGGUUAUGGUUUCUGGGAAAGAAUAUAUCAGUUUUUCAAUGCAUAGUCUUAAUCUACAAAACAAAAAACUUCCAACAAUUUAAACUAGAAAAACAUUUUAGAAUUUAGGAUAUCACGGGAAGAGAAUGAAGUGUCAUAUGUGUGCGUGUGUAUAGUUAUUCUGUAUUAUUAGAAACUUCCAGAGCACAGCAUGCAUUUUCAGAGACAUUGUCUUAGCAUUUAAACUGCAAGGCCUUUGUGUAGAAGCCCUCCUCUUGCUCCCCGACAAGGCCUAUAGAUCGGUAACUCUGGCAAUCUUGUAUGUGAUUUAUUAACAUGUCAUGGUCUUGACCAAGUAGACCUGACUUUGCUAAUUACUUCUCAGUUCUUUUACCUUGUAUUUCUUUGGUUAAGAAGCAGCCAGCACUGCUUGUUUUACCAAAUAUACAUUGUCCAAAUAAUGUCCAAAUAAUGCAGAAAAUAUUAAUAAUAUUACAGAUAACAACAUGAGAUUAUGUGUGCAGAUCCCUGCAGCCUGGUGGGCACUGUCUUGCUUAGUAAUAGUUUUUCCUUGUGCUGUUGCCACUGCCAGACAGACUGCUUAUGACCUCUUUGGCUUUCUUAAUGACUUUCAGGGAUCACUAAAAUGUUUCUUUUUUCCUAGAUGCUAACUUCAUCUCCUUUUAUGAAUACAGUAUUAGUUUAAAGAGAUAUUCAAUUUAAAGCAAACUUGUAGAUUCAGUCACUCUUGAUUGAUAUUAGGCAAGCAGAAAAAUAAUAGGUUGAUUUUUAUCCUCUACCUUUCAUAUCUUUGAUGAUGAAGGUGGCUACUUUUUUUAAACUAUAGCCUGAUAUCUAUUGUUUGAAAACUUGUUUGAAAGUUGUCUUAACCUACAUCAUUCUUCCGUUUUUAUCCAUAGAAAUGAGAAAAUAUACAUAUCAGCUACUUGUUUCUUUUAAUUACUCAAAUUAAUAUUUUUCUUGAAAUAAAUAUUAAUUACAAAGUUUUAAAUUGUCAUAUUAAUAUUUUACAUGAAGUAAGCCCAAUAUGUUUUUUGGUUUUUGUUUUUUUGGUACCGGGGAUCGAACUCAGGUCUUUGCGCUUGGGGGGCAAGGCAGCGGAACCAUUGAGCUCAAUCCUCAGCCCCAUUAAGCCCAAUAUGUAUACACAGCAUAGCGGUAAAUACUUACAUCUCGAAUAAUAAGUAAUUCAUGAAACCAAGUAGGAAAUUUAAGCACUGCUAAUAUGUCUACAUAUUUGUAUUUCUUUUUUUCCUGGACUUGGUCUGUUUAAAAUAAUAAUUGUGGCCUAUUGUUUUAUUUGUUAUUCUGUCAUUUAAAAUAUAAAUUUUGGUGUCUUGAAUUAUUUGUGUAAAGCUGAGUUUAUAGGCAAGUAGAAGUACAAAUGAAUAAACAGUGAUCACAAAAAAGAAAAAA